UCGUAUUUUUUCUGAGUUCCCAGUUGUUUUGAACGCACUGAAGUCGGAAAUUUCCGAGUUCCCAGUUCCGAGUUAUUUUGAACGCGGCAUUAUAUAAAUCAUUGGUCAAAGCAGAGAUGAUACGCUUUGUAGGCAGGCUUGGUCAGAUGUGGUAAGAACACCAAGUCCAGUAGAUGGCGGUAAUGUGACAUAACAUUGGUUGCCAACCUCCGUCAAACACCACUGAUGUAGAAUAAGCAAAUCUGCGACGCCCUUGGUCGCGCAGCUGUGAUUUAUUGUGAUGGGCCUGGAGGUAAUGUGAGUGAGUGUGCUCGACUCUAUACAAGUAGUUUAUUGGUGUUGUCUUCAAAUGUCCGUUAUUCGAGUUGAAACGGAUUGGGAGGAGGCAAGAAGCCCAUGACAACAUGAGUCCUCCAGCUGUGCCUGUGGUCCACUGUUGUUGUCACAGGAACAUCUGGUUACACUCAACUGCUGCAGGAGGCUGCCAGCCUACCACCUCUGUGUUCCUUCAACCUACCACCUCUCUGUGUUCCUUCAGCACGUAUUGAUCUGAUCUGCUCCUGGGCGAUGGUGAGGAGAGGGCAGCACCAUGAAUAGAUACACCACGCUCAGGCAGCUCGGGGAUGGCACCUACGGCUCAGUCAUCCUCGGCCGCAGCCUGGAAUCAGGAGAACUGGUCGCAAUUAAGAAAAUGAAGAGAAAAUUCUACUCAUGGGAGGAAUGCAUGAAUCUUCGUGAGGUCAUAUCCUUGAAGAAACUCAACCACGCGAAUGUGGUCAAACUCAAGGAGGUUAUACGGGAAAAUGACCACUUGUACUUUGUGUUUGAAUACAUGAAGGAGAACUUGUAUCAACUAAUGAAAGACAGGUCUCGGCUGUUCCCUGAAUCUGCUGUGCGAAAUAUUAUGUUCCAGAUACUGCAGGGAUUAGCUUUUAUUCAUAAGCAUGGAUUCUUUCACAGGGAUAUGAAACCUGAGAAUCUUCUGUGCAUGGGACCAGAGCUGGUGAAAAUAGCUGACUUUGGGCUUGCCCGUGAGAUAAGAUCUCGGCCACCAUACACAGAUUAUGUUUCAACAAGAUGGUACAGAGCUCCAGAGGUGUUGCUGAGGUCCACCUCGUACAGCUCUCCCAUAGACCAGUGGGCUGUGGGCUGCAUCAUGGCAGAGCUUUACACCCUCAGGCCUCUGUUCCCUGGCUCCAGUGAAGUGGACACCAUCUUCAAAAUCUGCCAAGUCCUGGGAACUCCAAUGAAGAAUGACUGGCUGGAGGGCUUCCAGUUGUCAGCAGCCAUGAAUUUCCGCUGGCCCCAGUGUGUCCCCAGUAAUCUGAGCAGUCUGAUCCCCAACGCCAGUACUGAGGCCAUCCAACUGAUGAGAGACCUACUCCAGUGGGACCCUAAGAAGAGGCCAGCCUCUGCCCAUGCCCUCAGGUACUCCUACUUCUAUGUGGGUCAGGCGUUGGGCACUCCUCAGCAGAUCCUGGAGCAGGGCAGGCCUCAGCCAGGUCCCCUACCUCCACAGCCACCACAACCAUUACAGCAGCCCCUGCAGCAGCUACAACCACUGCUGCUGCUCAAGCCAGUGCCCCCUCCCCAGCCAGCGCCCCCAAAUCAGCAUUUCAACUCGUCCAGGCCCCUGCAACAGAUCCAUCCAGCCCCAGUCUCAGCCCCCACCCCAGUUCCAUCGUACCAGAGGCACUCAAAGCUGUUGCGAGAGCAGCCCAACCGCAUGGUGAAGCAGGAGGAGACUGAGAUGGUCCCACAGACCCGCUUAACUUACGUUGUUGACAAGAGCUUGCAGAGCCAGUUGACCCAGGAGGCUGAGAAUGCCAACUUCUUAAGCUAUCAGACGAAACCUAAGGGUGGAGGACGCCGGCGAUGGGGCCAUGGCACAGGCCUCCUAAAGGGUGACGAGUGGGAUGACUUUGAGGACACUGAGCUGACCUCACUAAGUUUUCUGGGCAAAACAAACUUUCCUACAGAAAAACUAAGAGAGGAGACGUUGAGCAGGUACGGAAAUGUUUUGGAUUUUAGCAGCCCCAAAGUUAAGGGGCAGGUGACGACAGGUGACGAUGCACCUUUGAAUCUGAACAAGGCCAUGUCCUACCAGGAGCCUUCAAGGACAGCCUCGGCCAAACAGUAUUACUUGAAGCAGUCAAGAUAUCUACCAGGUUUAAGUACUAAAAAGAAUAUGGCAAUAAAUUCCAACUACAGUGAAAGCAACCUCUGGGGCAGCAAAAUUCCUGUUGGAGGAACACUUCCUAACCGAGGCACUCAUGGUUCAAAUACUCUUCCAAGUGGAUAUGUACCGAACUAUUACAAAAAAGAGGUUGGCUCUGCCGGCCAAAGAGUGCAACUCGCACCUAUAGGGGACUCAACAGCAUCAAAUUAUGCAACCUGGAGGUCGUCUAGCAGAAGUCAGAUGGGUGCCUCGUCCUAUGUGCCGUCGCCCACCAAGACUACGCCUGGCCUACGGUCUCGCCCCCCAGCACAGGCCAUCCAUGGGCGCACAGACUGGUCUGCCAAAUAUGGACACCGCUAGUGGCCUCUUUGGGACACUUGUGUUAUUUCAGUACUUCAGAUUUGUCUUUUCCCUAUAAAAGGAAAAACGUAUGUUUUCAUAUCAAAGUAUGUACAUGUUAUACAGCAAUAACCUUGGUUUUGUAUUAAUCUGUGUCUAUAUUGUUCAAUGUACAACUUUUUCAGUGUGUGUGUGUGUGUAUUAUAUGGAUAAAUGACCUCUGCAAAAUGUUGGUGUCGUCACAUUUUGUUCAGUGACAAAUUCCAUACCAUUUUUUUGUUUAUUGCGUAGCAUAACUUUCUCAGCCCCUUCUUAAUGUUUGUUCCAUAGAUUUUGUAAAACGGCCCCAUGACGUCCCCACGAUCCAGUCUUUAUGCAUUUUAUAUUGCAAAUAUCACUGUGAUAUUUUGGCCAACACUGUUUUUCUGUUGCCAAUUUGUCUUUUUAUUUUUUUUACAUGUUUUUCUUGGUGCUUUCUUUCAUGAGACAUUCUGGAAUAAAGGAAACACUUGUAUCUUGAUCAUUUGUAUAUUUUAUUCAUUGUUUUUUUUCUCUAAAUCAAUAACUCUGUGCUUUAUUUUAAUCAGAAUUGAUGACACAAUUGGCUUUAGUGUUAUCUUUUUUUGUAAUGAAUUGUGUGGCUCUCAAAAAAAAUGUAUUGAGAGAUUGUACGUUGACUUGGUUUAUCUGCUGGGCCAAAUUGUAAAAACAUGUAUAACUGCCAGUUACCAAAUGCCAUUGCUAACAUUUUAUUUAUGUGGUAUUGUAAUGACCAUUUCAUUAACAACAGUUUUUUUUUGUAAUGGUCAUAAUCCUUUGACAUAAUUCUGUUUUGAUUUGUAAUCAAUAAACUCAUUGGUGUGUGUGUA